AUGCGGUUCAACUCCCCGAGAAACCUUCACUACCCCAUCACCGUCACGAAGCUUCUGCAGCAACAGGAUGACAAGGUGAAGAGGUUCGCGAAGCUCUUCUCAUACUACUAUACAACUUCUGUGACGGAAGUUGAUGAGUUCGGUCAGGAAAAUGACGUCGAGAAGAGAUUCCCGGCCGACUUUCAAGCCGAGAAGGAAGGUACCCUGAAGACGUGGUUCAUCAGGGAGGGAGACGUCAUCGAGCGCGAGGGAGUGAAGCUGUUCGAGCUCAAUGAGGAGUGCUCGCACGAAGUCCAAUGGGGCGGGAUGUGUGUCAACUGCGGAAAGAAUAUGGAUGAAGUGAGCUUCAACACGACCAUGCGCGACGUCGACCGUGCCACCGUCGUCCGAGCCCACGGCAGCACUGCUCUCAAGAUCAGCGAAGACGUGGCUAUCCGCGCCGAGGAGGAAGCCAAACGUCGCCUCCUGUCGGGCAAGAAGCUCUCCCUCGUCGUCGAUUUGGACCAGACCAUCAUCCACGCGACCGUCGAUCCGACCGUAGCGGAAUGGCAGAAGGAUCCGGACAACCCGAACUACGAUGCGGUCAAGGAUGUACAGUCCUUCCAACUCCUUGACAAUGGCCCGGGUGGGAGAGGAUGCUGGUACUACAUCAAGUUGAGGCCGGGCUUGCGAGAAUUUUUGGAAAAUAUCUCGAAGAUCUAUGAGCUGCACAUUUACACGAUGGGAACACGGGCCUAUGCGCAGAACAUCGCGAAGAUUGUUGACCCCAAUCGCAAGGUUUUUGGCGAUAGGAUUCUCAGUCGAGACGAGAGCGGUAGCCUGACGGUCAAGACCCUGCACCGAAUCUUUCCUGUGGACACCAAGAUGGUCGUCAUCAUCGAUGACAGAGGUGACGUCUGGAACUGGCACAGUAACCUGAUCAAGGUGACUCCCUAUGACUUCUUCGUUGGCAUUGGCGACAUCAACAGCAGCUUUCUCCCCAAGCGACAUGACAUCGCUGCAACCGAAGCAGCCCGGCCGCCGCCGCCGCCGUACACUCCGGCAGCCGACGAAGCAGCAGGUGAGACGAGUGUCGCGAGCGAAGAACCAAAGGCCGAAGAGAAGCAGACUCCGCUCAAGAUCCAAAUGCCUCCAAAGCCCAGUAGUGAAACAGCGUCGCUAGAAGAACAGCUCGUUGCCAUGAGCGGAGGUGACAACCCCGAGUUACUCAAGGAACAGACGAAUGAGCAAAAUGAGACGAUCGCGACGCAGAUGGAAGACAAGCCGCUUCUGCGUAGGCAGGAGAUUCUCGACAAGGCGGACCAGGAAGCCGCGGAAAAGGAGGAAACCCGCGAGAAUGGUGAUGAAACGCCGAGUGACACUCACAGACGCCAUAACCUUCUUCACGAUGACGACGACGAGCUUGUGCACCUGGAAGCCAAUCUGCGGUCCGUUCAUCAACGUUUCUUCGAGCGAUACGAAAGGAACCGAUCUGGCGCCCAGGGCGGAAGACUGGCGCAGCUCAAAGGGGAAAAGAGCCCGAAGAAACGGCCGAUAGACGACUUGGAGAUAGUGCCAGACGUCGCGUUAAUCAUGCCCAGCAUGAAACGAAGCGCUCUCAAGGGUGUCUCGAUCGUUUUCUCCGGGGUAGUCCCGCUAGGAACCAACAUUCAGAACUCCGAAUAUGCCGUAUGGGCAAAGAGCUUUGGCGCAAAGGUGUCGGAAGCGAUCAAUCGAAAAACGACCCACGUCGUGGCAGCAAGGAAUCGGCGUACACAGAAAGUGCGGCAGGCAGCACGGCACCCCCAGAUCAGGAUCGUCACUGUGGACUGGCUGAAGGAAUGUUUUGUGAAGUGGCAACGUGCGUCGGAGGCGCCCCACAUCAUCCAUGUGGAGCCUGAUGAGCGCGGCCCGCACGCCUCGCAGGGUUCCCCAUUUGACGAGCUUGACGAUGGUACCGUGAUGUCCUCGUCUGAGGAGGAUGCGGCAAACGCGGAAAACGACCUUGACGAUCUCGUGGAGGACGAUACGGGUAGUGACGACGAAGAGCUGGACGACAUGAUGCCCACUUCCCCAGUGAACGAAAGCAACCUCAUGCUGGAUGAUACAGACCGAGAAGAGCUCGAAAAAGAGCUUGCAGAAUUCCUGGAUGACAGCGAUACUGAUGGUGAAGGAAGCGACAAGUCGGACGGGUUCGAGUCGGAUGCUAGCGUCCGCAGCGAGUCGUCGACGAAGAGCGCGCACAAGAAGAGAAAACGCAACGCCGAGUCCAACGAGAACUCGGAGGCCAGCGAUAGCGACUCGAACAUGACGGACGACGGGACUGUCAGCAUAGCGGGGUCAAAGCUUCAGCGGCGGAAGAAGCGGGCGCUAGAGCGGGUGACAAGUUUGACCAACGUCGCAAGCGUCGAGCAGUCGUCGGGCCUGCCCAGUCCGGACACGACUGGCCCCGAAGAAGGGCAAGGCGAAGAGGAGGCGGGCAGGGUGCACCAACCGGACGCGGACGAAGACGACGACGCAUUGGAAGCGGAAAUGCUAGCAGAGUUUGAGAGGGAGGUGGACGACGACGACGACGACGACGACGACGAGGCAGAGGAAGAGGACGAGACCGAGGACUGA